AUGAUUGGACAGCGAAUAGAUUUCAGUGAUUGUGAUGUUGAAAAACUGAAUCGACGCUACAAUUGCUCUUCUUCCAAAACCUUUAUGGACUCAUGUGAUUUUGAAUUGGAAAAUAUCUGUGGCAUGAUUCAAAACUCAGAGGAUAAUGGUGACUGGCAAAGGGUUUCACAGGUGUCUGGUGGGCCUGACUCUGAUCACUCAUACUUGGGCAAGUGCAAAGAUGCACCCCUUGGGAGCUGGCAACUCCAUUAUGUAUCAUUGGCAGUUACCAAAAAAUUCAGGAUAGUUUUUGAAGGAACUCGAGGUACUGGUACUUCAGCUGGUGGUCUCUCCAUCGAUGACAUUAAUCUUUCUGAAACCAAGUGCCCUCAUCACAUCUGGAGAAUAAACAAUUUCACACAAAUCCUUAGUUCAAGGGAAGUCAUCUAUAGCCCUCCAUUUUAUUCUCAUUCAGGCUAUGCCUUUCAGGUUCAGUUAGAUGUAAGAAAUCAGACUAAUGUAGGGAUAUAUUUCUUCCUGAUCUCUGGAGCCAAUGAUGAAGAAUUAGAGUGGCCAUGUCCAUGGCAUCAAGCUACAAUGACACUUUUGGACCAAAAUCCUGACAUUCGUCGGAGCAUGUCCAAUGAGAGGAGUAUAACUACAGAUCCAUUGAAGACAAUUGAUAGUAAUAUUGAAAACUUUUUUUGGGACAAGCCUUCCAAAGUAGGAGUGACGACAACUUUCCCUAAUGGAACAUCAUAUAGCAGAAGUUUGGCAUUUGGAACCAGUACCUACAUAACCCACAAAUGGCUACAAAGAAGAGAUUUUAUCAAAGGAGAUACUGUUUACAUCCUUUUGACAGUGGAAGAUAUAUCAAGUCUUUUUUUCACUGAGCCAUUACCUGGGGAGUUUCCAGUGCCUAUAUCAAAACCCAACAUAAGUGUCUGUGCAAAAUUUGUCUGUGAAAAUGAUGGCAUCUGCGUUAUCCGCAAUAACAAAACAGAAUGCAGCUUCCAUUAUUGUCGAGGGCACCAUCAUCUUCCAGCCACCCAUGCUGUAAACCACAUUAUUAGUCUUGACUCCUAA